UUUAAUAACUAAUAAUACAUGAAUGUUGACACUUUUAAUGUACGACUUUCAUGUCAUCAGUGUCACUGCUGCUCAGCUCACUCUGCCUCCAUCUCAUGAAUUAAGAUUAAAUGAAGCAGAUGACCUGCGAUACACGUAUUAGCACCAAGGAAUCAGUGUCACCGGAGUAAUGUGACAACUUAAAGGUCCUGGAGACAUAGAGAACAGAAAAAGUAUUUUUAUCUGUGUGUGUGUGUGUGAAAGAGAGAGAGGGAGGGCGUCAGUGAUCUGGAGCAAAGACGCUACUGUUACUGUGUUGAACAGGGGGGAUUUUUCUGAAGCUACAAGUGCUGGACAAACUAUAUUCCACACAAUGAUGGAAAUGUCAUGUCUGAAGAAAUGACAGGCUGAUAAGGAUAGCUGCACAAGAGGAAAGCAGGAAGGAGACACAGGAGAACCUGGUGCACAAGGUCAGAAAAGACUGAUGUUUGACUCGCCUCUCUGCAGCUCUACAGAAAGCGAAGGCGGGGGGGCAGUAAUGAGGAUUGGAGAGCAGCAGCGUGGUUGAAGACAUCAUGAGCGUGAAAACCGAUAAACUGAGAGCUGCACACCACCAGUAGAUUGUAGUGAGUGUAGUAAACACUGAGUCAGCAGAAGUGCCUUGAAGAGUUUCAAAGUUGGCAUCCACAGUGUGUACUUACACAUGUAUUUCAGUCUGUGGAAUGCUGCUGGACACCUGUCAUUCGAUUCACGUUGCUGAGCACAGCUCCACUCAUGGCAGCUCGCUGUGUCACACCACGGGCUCGCUGCUGAUUUCACUACAAAGCCAGCAGCUGAGAAAUGCUCCGGGAUCUGGAUUCAUCCUCCAAAUCAUAAGUAAUGCAUCAAUGGACCUUAUCAGCAAUCUUUGAAAAACAGUCUGUUUGAUCAAUUCCAACCAGACUUCUGGGAUUAUUCCAAUCUGCAGCAGUGAUCAACAUUCACAAGUGUGUUACAUGCAUUCUAGUCGGGAUUACAGCCUUAUCACAUGACAGCGUGCAUGCUGUUACUUCUGAGGUGGAGAAUCCACACAAACACACUCCUGCGUUCAGAGGCCGGCGGCAGGUGAUUUUCAUGAUUUAAGAUGAGAGUUUGGUUGUGGGCAGAGAUGUUUCUGAACACGGUGCUGGUGGUCCUGACGGACCUGACGGCCCGGCUCCUUGGUAACACAAUGUUCCGGCAGCACUUCCACCUGCUGCUGUCUGCGGUGGUGAUGUUCGGUCCUGCACUGAGCCUUUGGGUCUCCCAGCACAGCGUCUUUGCCAAGAGGAGCCACUUUCUGUACAGGGUGUUCCUGAGCUCCGGCUGGGGCUGGACCUGCAUCUUUGUGGGUUCCUUCGUCUUCCUCCUCUCCUUCUCCAUCCGUCGCUCCCUUGGCCUCUCCAUCCGUCACCUCUCCAGGCUCGGGGUGGCUGGUGGCCUGUGGCUCAUUUUUUGCAAACUCCUGAACCAUCUGGAGAAUGCCACAGGAAGCUGCUAUGAACCUUUACUCAGUGGCCCAGAGGUGACAAGCGGCCAGCCUGUGUUGGUGUUAAGAGAGGGGGAGAGCAGGUUUGAGUGCCUCAGAGCUGGGCUGCUGUGGAGAGGAUAUGAGGUUUCAGAGGACGUCUUCCUCCUCUGUCUGUGCUGCCUGCUGCUGGCAGAGGAAACGGCCGUGUUCGGUCCUUAUCUAAGUUUGGGAGGAAUCUCAGAUGCUCCUCUGAGGAUCCUCUUCCUCUUCUGUGUUCUCUUGCUGGGGCUCUGGAUCUUUCUGCUUCUCUGUCUCUUAGCUUACUUUCCCCAGUUCCCCACCCAGCUGCUGGGGGGCGCUCUAGGCUGUCUGAGCUGGAGGGGACUGUAUCAGGGUUGGUAUCGCCAGGGGCCCAGCUGGUACUGUCCCGGGAGGCCUGGACAGGGACUGCUCAACACCAAGACUGGAAGUACUGAGGAUCAGGACGCACAACUGAGCCACGAUCACUGUGAUUAACUGUGAGAGAAGCGAAGAUCUUGAAACAGACUCAAACAUCUGCACAAUGAUGAAUUUAACACGUGGAUAAGGAUGGUUGUCUGAAACCUGUAUGUUUGUAUGUGUUGCCCUCAAAUAGGAAUCACCAAAUGGACUGAGUGGACUUUCAAAAUUGUAUGAGUUUCUUUUUCUUCUUUCUAAUACAUGUUUUGUCAUCAGUCAGUAACAAUAGACAGAUUGAGCGAGCCUCAAAAAGACAACAUACAGGUUGAAGAUGUUAAAAACCAACAGAUCUCUGCAUCACAAAUGAAAGGUUAAUUUCAUCAACAAGAUUUGACUGUUGGAAUGGUUGAUAGAUAAUGUCAGACCUCCACAUGGUUUUCUAUUCAUGUCUUAUUUGAUAAGACUCAGACUACCAGAACAUGCAGACACCAAAUGAACUCUCUGAGGAGAGAACUGCAGCAGAGUUCCUAAAAAAGGUGAAGAAUGGAUGUCAAGAUCAUAGCUAAAAAGUGGACUGAUAAUAUAAUUUACUCAUUGUAGAACCCUUUACCAAGGUGCUAAAGCUGCAGCAUGUCUCAUGUUACAUACCUAAAUACGGCUUUAAUAAUUCUUAUAUUCAGAUAAUACACAAAUAUCAUUAUUUCUGCAACAGAUCCUCCUGAUUCCUCUGCACCAGACAUUAAACGACUAAGGACAUUUUGAUAGUGAUGUAGGUGUGUAUCACUGUCUUUGCAUGUGUGGGAAACAGUGUAAAUGUGGAGGUUUACAGACAGUUCCUUGGAUUCUGAGAGCUGCCGCGUGAAUUGUGGAACGUGUCUGCUUUUCUAAUACCUCCAGUCAUUAGGUGGACUGACCACCGGACGUCAAUAUGCCACGGCAAUGUGUCUAAAUACUUUUGUAAAUGGAUAAAUUGUCAGUUUGUAGUUUUUAAUACAUUAGCAAAUAAUUCCAAAAAUAACUUUUUACUCUGGGUAGGCGAAACCAAAUUGCAUACACUCAUAGAUAUCAGUCUGCUAUAUAUUCCUGUGAUUCCAUCUACGAUACAUGCAUUAUUCCCUGGAAAAUUGUCGAAACAUCCAAAAAAAAAACAAGUGUAAAAGAUGAAUCUGCACCCUGAUCAGCACCAAAAUGUAUUGGGUUCUUCCUUUACCGCUGUUUAGUAGAUUGUGUAAUGCUGCUAAAUAAGAAACUCCUUGGCAGGGGUAAUAAAAUGUGUAAAAUGUAACAGGCCUGCAUACUCUGAAGUCUAUGUACUGAAUAAAUACAGUUCACCUCAAGAGAAACACUUAAGUCUUUACUUCUCUAAAAAAGUAGACAGAAGACAAUUUCCUCUUACAUUUGUUUUUGUUUUUUUCAUAGAAUGUAUUCACAGAAAAAACAUACAAAACAUCUGCUACAUCAAAUCAACUGUCUACCUCACAAAAUCAUGACACAGAAGUUUUAGGAGGUUGUACCAUUCAUCUGUUUCAUCUGUAAAGUCAGUUCCUUUUCUGGAAAACAGUCAUAAAUUAUACUUCGGUUUGAUAUCUGUUGGGUAAACUGAAUAUAAACAUGUGUCAAUGUUUUCCGCAAUACAACUCAGAUAAUGUUCAUUAAUUCAGAAUUUUUUUAACAAACCCAGGACAGUUCCUUCAUUAAAAACAAAGCAUACCGACUCUUAAAAUCUAUUGUAGUUCAUGGCAAAUGACAAAGGUAUAGUUUUCAUUUCAUUUCUUCAAAAGAAGAUCUCUACCUAAAGAGCUUGGGCCAUAUUCACUGAGCUUAGUUAACAUCUGCUGGUGAGACCAUUUCCACAUGGAGCCACAAACAAUAGGUGACAAGUUGCAUUUAUUCCUCUGUGACAUUAAAUGGUGAUAUGAUCUGCUUUUAAAAAUGCACCAAACUCUGUAUAAUCUCCUCCAUGUUUCAGUUGGGGCUGCAUGUGGCCUCUGCACAAUCUCUGGAGUUUUUCCUGCCAGGCCCCUAGUAAAACCUUGGAGUGAGUGGGUGCCUUGAUGACACUUUCUAACACAUAAAGGACGCAAAAAAUUUAAAAUAAAAUUUAAAUAUCUCAGGAGGAAGAAGUGAUUUCAUACAUGUAGAAGAUGCCAAUUUGGAAAGAUUGAGCUUUUCGGUAUACAGGCCAACGCCAAUGUUUAGGACCUGUAAACAAACCAUGUUGGUUCUGAACACGUCUGGCCAGAUAAUCUCCGCUUCUGCAUUCUGUUAUGUGAAAAGCAAACUCCAGAGAAUGUCCAGCUCCUAUUGUCAAGACACGUUCCAGAGUUCAUGUGUGAAAGCGGCUAGAUUGACACACAGCGUUCAGUUUACCUUACUGCAGCUACUGUGGCAGUCCACAGCACAGAGGGCAACGCCAGCACUUCAUCCCUACACUAAUAAAUUCAUACCAAAUGGUGUGGACCACACAGUAACCUCUCUGAUUAGUGAGCCACCUUCUGUAUAUUACCAACAUGGUAAACAUUAAACUCCACUGAAGGUGUACGCACUUUAAGGAUCUGAAGAGGAACAUGUAAAUCUCAGUGAACUAAAGUGGCCUUUAUAAGGCGUCAGUGUCGCUUUAGAUAUAGGGGAGUAGAAAAA